GAUUAUUAGAAGAAUUAUCAUUCAGGAUUAUGACUUCUUCAUGCAACCCUUUCAUGGAACUCCCUGAUCAACUUGGCUACGUUCAAUGCAGUUUUUGCGCUACCAAUCUUCUGGUGAGUGUACCAUGUAGUAGUCUUUUGAAGAUGGUGACUGUUAAAUGUGGGCACUGCACUUGCUUGCUCUCUGUUAGCCUGGCAAGGGCUUCAUUGCUUCCUUUGCAUUUGCUUGCUUCUCUUGGAGAUGAUGAGGAGAUAAAUCAACUAACUGGUGAUGUUUUGCCCAAAACCUGCAACGAUGGAGAGGAUGGUACUGUAAGAGAUGAGGAGGAAAGGGAAAGAGAGCUCCCCCUCACCCACUUGCUCAACAAACCUCCAGAGAAGAGGCAGAGGGCUCCUUCCGCCUAUAACCGCUUCAUCAAAGAGGAGAUACAAAGAAUCAAAGCGAGAGAACCAAGCAUCACUCACAAAGAGGCCUUCAGUACUGCUGCAAAAAAUUGGGCUCACUUCCCUCGGUUGCAGCACAAGCAUGGAAAGGGUGAGAGCUCAAGUUGUGGGGAGGAGAAGAAGGCAAGAGAUGGAGGCACAAAUGAGGAAGACAACUAGAGUCAGGGUUUUCACGAGAGAAAAACAUCAAGGCAGUCGCUGUGAGUCAAGACACGCAUGCCCUUGUGAGAAAAGAAACUAGAAAAUCUAUGAUUAAUGAGAAAGAAUGUCUAGUGUACUUAUGCAGGCAGUAACUUAAGAUUUCAUCGCAACGAAAUGUAUGGACAGAUGAACUUUCUCUUUUCUACCUUUUGUAAGUGGUAGUCUCUAAUUAGCAUAUAUCAUUUGCUUAUAGUAGAAUUUGCUUGACAAGGUUCGAGGUGAAUCUUCAGAGGAAUGUGACAGCGAUAAGUAUGAAGAAAUACACUAGUUUAAGAUGUACAUAUUUUU